AUGGCUACAGAGACCAUCGCCCCGUCCAAGCCUAACAUUGGCGUCUACACCAACCCCAACCAUGAUUUGUGGUUGGCCGACGCAAAGCCGACCGUAGAGGAGGUCCAGAAGGGCGACGGUCUCAAGCCCGGCGAGGUGACCGUGGAGAUUAGAAGCACCGGUAUCUGCGGAUCUGAUGUCCAUUUCUGGCACGCCGGCUGCAUCGGCCCUAUGAUCGUAACGGGAGAUCACAUCCUUGGCCACGAGUCCGCUGGUGUCGUGCUCGCCGUCGCCCCAGAUGUCAAGACGUUGAAUGUUGGAGACCGGGUCGCCAUUGAGCCCAAUAUCAUCUGCAACAAGUGCGAACCUUGUUUGACCGGACGCUACAACGGUUGCGAGGCCGUCGAGUUCUUGUCGACUCCUCCUGUUGACGGACUCCUCCGUCGCUACGUCAACCACCCGGCUAUUUGGUGCCACAAGAUCGGCGACAUGAGCUUCGAGAACGGCGCGUUGCUGGAACCACUCAGUGUCGCCCUCGCCGGCCUUGAACGUGCCAACGUGCGUCUGGGUGACCCCGUGCUUGUGACCGGAGCUGGUCCUAUUGGUUUGGUGACCUUGGCCUGUGUCCAGGCUGCUGGUGCGUCGCCCAUUGUCAUUACCGACAUUGACGAGGGCCGAUUGAAAUUUGCCAAGGAGCUGGCUCCUAAUGUUCGCACCUACAAGGUGCAAAUCGGCAAGACCCCAGAAGAGAACGCGGCUGGCAUCUUGGAUGCCCUGAACGAUGGCAAGGCUGACGCCGUGGAUGCCAUCCGUCCCCGCCUUGCCGUGGAAUGCACUGGUGUCGAGAGCAGUGUCGCCUCGGCCAUCUGGAGUGUCAAAUUCGGCGGCAAGGUGUUUGUCAUCGGUGUGGGCAAGAACGAAAUGACGAUGCCCUUUAUGCGCCUCAGUACCUGGGAGAUCGACCUCCAGUACCAGUACCGCUACGCCAACCAGUGGCCCAAGGCCAUCCGGCUGGUCAAGAACGGAGUCAUUGACCUGCAGAAGCUGGUCACUCAUCGCUUCGCCAUCGACGAUGCCCUCAAGGCGUUUGAGACGGCAGCAAACCCAAAGACCGGUGCGAUCAAAGUACAGAUCAUGAGUUCUGAAGAGGAAGUCCAGGCGGCCAACGCUGCCAGUGGCAAGCAGUCAUGA